CAUAAUGUGCUCAAAAUUGAGUAUCAAUCAAACAAGUACAGUCAUAGUUCGGAGUUUAUAACGAAAAUGUCACUAAAGAUCUUUUUAUUCGCUUGUAUGGUGUUCGCACUAACCCUAAAUGAGGUGGUUUCCCAAGCGCCACCGGCUGAGUUCCGAGUAAAACAGCCACGAGGAUUCGAAGUUUCAAUUCCUGCAGAUCCUGACAUCGAACUCUUCGCUUUUCAUGGUAAGCUAAAUGAGCCGAUGGAUGGUCUGGAAGCAGGAAUGUGGUCAGCAGAUAUUACCCGACGCAAGAAUGGGCGUUUCACCUUCACGGAUCGUGCGACUAAACUGAAGAGAGGAGAUGUCAUUUAUUUUUGGACCUACGUGCUUCGUGAUGGUCGCGGUUUCCGUCAGGAUAAUGGAGAAUUUCAUGUCUAGUGAUCAUCGUGGAAGUCUUUAGACGCGCUUCCUUUAUUUGAAGGAAUAGUGUCAAACUCAAUUAAAUUUGAAUUCUUGCUAAUUUAGAACGUAAGAAGUGAUUUAGUAAUGCCUUUUGAUCCUUAGUAAUUUGUAGUUUUAGCAUGUUAAUAACAAUUGGAAAAAGUUAUUCAAGA